AAGGUUCCACCAAGCAACAACCUUACCGUUCUAUCCUCAGCAAAGGAAGCAAUUUCGUCGUAACCAUGGCUGAUACCGAGAAGGAGCAGGUCGCUUCGACUGCCGGCGAGGGCGAGGCUGAGAACGACCCCCACUUUGAGCCCGUCAUCAAGCUCGAGCAGCAGAUUGAGACCAAGACGCACGAAGAGGAUGAGAGCGUUCUUUUUAAAAUGCGCGCCAAGCUCUUCCGAUUUGACAAGGAGUCAAAGGAGUGGAAGGAGCGCGGAACGGGAGAUGUCCGAUUGUUGGAGCACAAGAAGAGCGGAAAGGUCAGGCUCGUCAUGAGGCGCGACAAGACGCUCAAGGUCUGUGCGAACCACUAUGUCACGUCGGACAUGAAGCUGGCACCGAACGUCGGUUCGGACCGUUCGUGGGUCUACAACGUGGCGGCCGACGUCGCUGAUGGGGAGCCCACGGCCGAGACGCUUGCGAUCCGAUUUGCCAACUCGGACAACGCCGAAGAGUUCAAGAAGUCGUUCGAGUCAGCUCAAGAAAAGAACGCGAAAGCUUCUGGCGGCGCCCCUGCCGAGAGCGACGCCCCACCUGCCGCAGGAGGUGUCACUGAGGAGGGAGAGAAGGAGGCCGCCAAGAGCGAAGAGAAGAAGGAGGCCGCCAAGGACGAGGAGAAGAAGGAUGAGCCCACGGAAGAGAAGAAGGAGUGAUGAUGUCGCCAAUCUCCUCGUCCACCAAUACCGUAUCUGUCGAAAUUUACACUCCUAGAAGCAGACCGAGGAAGGGGACGUUUACUUGCUGUGACUGAAAACAAUUGGGAUGGAAUAUCUACAUUGGUAUGCUGCUCGCCAGGAUGCAAUCUAGAUCCGUACAAGAUCGACUCUGGCCCUCUCAUAAAUCUCAUGGCCAAUGGGUGCUUCUGCCUCGUCGCUAUUUUCCUCGAGAUCUCUAAGACGGUCCUUCUUCAUCGGAGCAAUGUCGAAGCGUGC